AUGAGUCCAAUCGUGAAUCCUGAUGUAAUCGUGAAGAGCCCAGUAGUGAUGAGUCCAAUCGUGAAUCCUGAUGUAAUUGUGAAGAGUCCAUUAGUGAUGAGUCCAAUCGUGAAUCUUGUUGUAAUCGUGAAGAGCCCAAUAGUGAAGAGUCCAUUAGUGAUGAGUCCAAUCGUGAAUCCUGAUGUAAUCGUGAAGAGCCCAAUAGUGAUGAGUUCAAUCGUGAAUCCUGUUGUAAUCGUGAAGAGCCCAAUAGUGAAGAGUCCAUUAGUGAUGAGCCCAAUAGUGAAGAGUCCAUUAGUGAUGAGUCCAAUCGUGAAUACUGUUGUAAUCGUGAAGAGCCCAAUAGUGAAGAGUCCAUUAGUGAUGAGUCCAAUCGUGAAUCCUGCUGUAAUCGUGAAGAGCCCAAUAGUGAAGAGUCUAUUAGUGAUGAGUCCAAUCGUGAAUCCUGAUGUAAUCGUGAAGAGCCCAAUAGUGAAGAGUCCAUUGGUGAUGAGUCCAAUCGUGAAUCCUGUUGUAAUCGUGAAGAGCCUAAUAGCGAAGAGUCCAAUCGUGAAUACUGUUGUAAUCGUGAAGAGCUCAAUAGUGAAGAGUCCAAUCGUGAAGAAUCCUAUUGUAAUUGUGAAGAGUCCAUUAGUGAACAGUCGAAUCGUGAAAAAUCGUGAGGUGAAAAAUCGUUAUAAUCGUGAAGAGCCCAAUCGUGAAGAAUUCUGUGAAGAGCCCAAGAGUGAAGAGUCCAUUAGUGAAGAGUUCAAUCGUGAAGAGUCCAGCAGUGAAGAGUCCAAUCGUGAAGAGUCGAGUUGCACUUGUGAAGAGUCAUCGAGUUGUGAAGAGUCCAUUAGCAAAGAGUUCAGUUGUAGAGAAGAGAAAGGAAAAUGGAUUUCAUGCGAGAAGAAAUAG